AUGCCUGCUAACAGAAGAGAACCUGUCGUCUGCGUUGACGAUGAACCAGCUAGUUACAGUGAUGCAAUUGCAACAUCUUCAGAUGAAGAGAAUCAGUUUUGUGAAAUUAAUGUGAAAGUAUGUCCGAAUAAUCAUGAAAAAACUGCAACUUUUCAAAGCUAUAGUUCAAAAAAGGAUCACGAGAAUUUUUUUCGUGAUAGCUUGGAACUAAUUUUGAAUUAUGGUGUUUUCAACGGGACCGACAGAAAGAAUAAAGUGCUCAAUUUUGAAGAGCCCAACCGUCUUCGAGAAAUUUUUGACUUCAAUUUGAAAAGCUCUCCAUCAACACAUCCUGAAUUGUUAAAAUUAUUGAAAGAUGUCAUCCAUUAUUCGGUUAAGACGGGUCAUCCCUAUUUUGUUAAUCAAUUAUUUUCUUCGUUGGAUCCUUACGGUCUUGUUGGACAAUGGCUUACAGAUGCACUCAAUUCUAGUGUUUAUACCUACGAAGUUUCACCUGUUUUUACAUUGAUGGAAGAAACUGUUUUGAAGGAAAUGAGGAAAAUUGUCGGGUACGAUGAUGGUGAAGGUGAUGGUUUAUUUUGCCCAGGUGGCUCAAUGGGUAACGGAUACGCCAUAAAUUGUGCUAGAUACAAGUGUAUGCCAUCUAUUAAGACGAAAGGAAUAACACAAAUGUCUCGUUUGGUCCUCUUCGCAUCGGAACAAUGCCACUAUUCGGUAUCAAAAUUGGCUUCAUUUCUCGGGAUUGGAUCAGACAAUGUAUAUGCCGUCAAUACAGAUGAAAAAGGAAAACUAGACGUUAUUCAUUUACGUGAAGAAAUCGAAAGAGCUUUAUCCGAGAAUGCAAUUCCUUUUAUGGUUAGUGCAACAGCAGGCACAACAGUCUUAGGAGCUUUCGAUCCCCUAGACAAAAUAGCGGACCUUUGUGAAGAAUAUAAUUUAUGGUUUCACGUUGAUGCGGCUUGGGGAGGAGGUGCAUUGAUGUCAAAUAAAUAUCGAUAUUUAUUAACAGGAAUUGAAAGAUCUGAUUCAGUUCUCUGGAAUCCUCAUAAACUGCUUGCCGCUCCUCAACAAUGCUCCACGUUGUUGAUACGACACAAAGGUAUAUUAGCAGAAGUUAAUGGUACUCAAGCCGCAUACUUAUUCCAGAAAGAUAAAUUUUACGAUACUUCAUACGAUACAGGUGACAAGCAUAUACAAUGUGGAAGAAGAGUAGAUGUAUUGAAAUUUUGGUUCAUGUGGAAAGCAAAAGGAACAUCUGGUUUCGAAAAACACAUCGACAAAGUGUUCGAGAACUCAAAAUAUUUUUUGGAAUGUAUAAGAAACAGAGAAGGCUUCGAAUUAGUACUUGACGAUCCAGAAUGCACGAAUGUAUGUUUCUGGUACAUUCCACCAAGUUUACGAAACGUUAAUAAAUCAGAUCCAUUGUACAAAGAGAAGCUACACAAAGUUGCACCAAAGAUCAAGGAAAAAAUGAUGAAGGAAGGGAGCAUGAUGAUAACCUACCAGGCGCAGAAAGAACAUCCGAAUUUCUUUAGAAUCGUGUUUCAAAAUUCAGGCUUAGAAAAAACUGAUAUGACUUAUUUUAUUGAACAAAUAGAAAAACUAGGGGAAAAUCUUUAA